AUAUUUUGCUUUCAUUCAUCGUCCUCGAACCUCUUUUUCAUUCAUCAAAGGUUUUCGGCCGAUCACUUUCUCGCAUUUUCUCCCCCAUUUUCUUUCCCGCCAAACGUCCCCUGCCCAUCUCCCAAACCUCCCGUAGCUUGGAUCAUUGGCGAUUCUCUCGCACCGAUCUCUCUCUCAAAUCGCCACUGUGACAUUUUAUGAGCUAGUAAGUUUCUAAAAGUUUGUAUCUGCAUAGAUGCCAGUUGCAAGACUCAAGGAUUCUAGCACUUCAGAUGCAAUGAAAUCAGAAGAUGGAAAUGAUUCCCUGGACAGUUUCAUCAGACAAGCAAUAGGAAAAGAGCCUUUUCUUUCUUUCUCAAGGGCCGGGGAAAGUCCAGUACAGUGGAUCCAAUUACUCCACGCUUUAGAUCAGCAAGAUCUCCCUGGUUGGCCAUUGCUUUCUCCUUUGAAGGUACAAAUGCAGAAGUGUGAGAAGUGUUCCAAAGAAUUUUGUUCACCCAUUAAUUACCGAAGACAUAUACGUGUACACCGUCGGACUUUGAACAUUGAUAAGGAUUCAACUAAAAACAGGAAUCUAUUAGGAGCAUUUUGGGAUAAGCUCUCUGUGGAUGAUGCUAAGGAAGUUGUAUCAUUCAAGAAUGUUUCACUCGAGGAAGUUUCUGGGUCUUCAAUUGUGAGGGCAUUGACAUCAUUUGUCCGGAAGCCAGGAUUUUCUUCUCUUCCACAAGUGUAUAUGAAGGCUGGUUCUGCCCUUUUGGAUAUUGUCCAAUCUAGACCUUCCAGGUUCCCAAUAUCCUCCCAGGAUUUAUUCAGUAUCCUUGAUGAUGCAAGUGAAAAAACAUUUUUAUGUGCUGGCACAGCUGAAUCAAUGCAAAAAUAUGUUUUUGAUGGGGAAGCUGGGAAGAUUGGUUUGGAGAUGAAAAACUUAGUUGCUUGCACCUGCUUCCUGGUAGAACAGAAACUGGUUAAGGCAUGGCUUGCUGACAAGGAUGCUGAAGCUUUGAGGUGCCACAAGUUGCUUGUGGAAGAGGAAGAAGCUGCUCAGAAAAGGCAAGCCGAGCUGUUGGAGAGGAAAAGGCAGAAAAAGCUUAGGCAGAAAGAACAGAAAGCAAAGGAGCAAACCAAUGGGGAGAAGACAGACUCUACGGAGGACAUCACCAUGUCAGAGGUUGUGCCUACUGCAGAAAUUUCCAGUCAUGUGGCUACAACCGUUUGUGAGACAGCCACACAAUCAUAUGCCAUUUCUCCAUCAGUUGAACCCAUAGAACUUUCAAACACUGAAAAAGAUAGUGCAAAUACCACAGCUCAAUCUGGAAUUGGUGCUGGAUAUUCUGAAGCAGGCACUUCUCAGAAUGUUGAACGCCGAGUUGCACAGGGAGUUGGUUGUCGGCAUUUAAUUAAAAUGCGAAGACAGGUGCCAAAAUCACAGAGAGGCGCACCAAAUGGCUUCCAUGCAGAUCAGAAUCCUCAGAUAUCAAAGUUUGGAGCCAUACAAAAGCAUGCCACCCACAGGGAUCCCAGGGCUGUUCCAGUAGUCAAUAAUAAUAAAGUUUGGACCCGUAAACCUAAAUCAGAAAAUGAAGGAGAAAGCUUGAAAAGCAGAUUACAGAGAGAGGUACUAAACCAACCAGAUCAAAAUAUGAACUGUGAGGUGAUGAUAGGUUCUAUAUCUGUCACACUUGGAAAUUCUAGUGAUCAGCUACAAGGUGAGAAUCUAGUUGUAGCCCGAGAUAGUUGCACCUCACAGCAUCCAAUGCCAAAGAAAACCUAUAUUCAGGAGAAGCCCAUUAAACCAGAUUCUGUUUCUAUGAAGCCAGAUCCAGCUCAGAGUGGCACAAAUAGGUCAACAGGUAAACAUUGGAGGGUUGUGAACCGACAGGAAACUGGAGGUUCAAUGCCAGUUCAAAGUGGCAAUAGAGAAUCUGAAGCUGGUGUGGCUACUGAGAAGGGAAAUGACCUAACCCUGUCCAAUGAAAGCUGCAUCAGAUCAUGUGCUAUGGACACUAAUAGUAGCACAGGUGUGAACAAUUUCGCAUCACAGAUGAAGGAAAGAUCAUCUGUAGGAGGUUUUCAGUUCUCCAGCUGGGCUGCAGAAGCUUUUCUCGCACAGAGAUGGAAGGAGGCUAUUGCUUCAGACCAUGUGAAACUGGUCAUAUUUCCAGAAUCCGAGCCUCCAGGAUGCACAGAACCAGCAUCAGACAAUCUUGUCAAGACACAGAACAACCUUGCUAAUGCCGGGGCUCUCGAGUCUUCAACCUCGGCAACUGUCAAAGUCAAGUUCAGACCAACGUCCGAAAAGGGAAUUAAGCUAAAGUACAUUCCAAAAAAGAGAACCAAUACCUGACCAAAAGGAAAGGAGGAAAGGAAUUCCAUUUUUGUUAUACCAAUGUGCAGUUUUAACCCACCAUCGCCAUUCUUAGCAGAGGUUCCAGUUUUACCAAAGGUCUUCUGUCAGAAAAUUAAAAGGUUUUUUUCUGGUAAAAUCUUUACAUUUACAUUUUUGCCCUUUUUUUUCAAUUUCUUUCCCCCCACCCUGGGUUGUUAUAGGAGUUUGAUUAGUAAGGGUUUUUGCUUUCAUUGUCUAAAUUUUCUUGUAAUAAAAUUGGAUAUCUUAGUUUUAUUGCAGAGAGCUCUACUUGUGCUUCUUUUUCUUCCCCUAUAUA